CUCUUUUGGCCCAAUAUGACCACCGUCGCCAGUCCCAUCCUCUCCUCCCCAUUUUUCCCCGUCACACGCGCUUCAGUCAGUCAGAUAGUGAACAAGAUGGCGGACCUUUCCCUGGACGAACUGAUACGCCGACGAGGUUUAAAUACUAGAGGGGCCACCAACAGGCCUGGGUUUCGCAGGGGUGGUGGAGUCCCUGGAAGGACAUUCGAUGCACGGCAGAAGAUUGGAACGAACGACGUCAGACAGAGACUUGGUGGUGGUGGUGGAGGAGCCUUCCAGAUAAAAGAUGCCAGAGAGAAACUUGGCCAGAAAGAUGCUCGUUUUCGAAUUAGAGGAGGGGGGGCUGGAGGAGGUGUCCAGGAUGCCAGGCAGAUGAUCAACUCGCGUAAACAACAGCAAGGACACAAACCGUUACAGGGCACCCCACAGCCACAAAUGCACAGCCCCACACAGGUGCACUUCAAGACACAAAUGCAGCACAUACAAAUACACAGUAAUACCAGCAACACAAACACGAGUGUGUCCUUUUCGAACUCAAAUUCAGCCCCAUUCUCAUCACACCUUCAGCAAGGGGUGGGGUCUCAGAAGGUUAUUGACGCACGUGAUAGGCUCAGUCUGAAGAGGAGCAUUGGAGCCACACCCACACUGGGGUCAGCCACACCUCUCAAGAUCACCAAGACAAUUCAGCAAAAGCCAGUGGGAAUGACCAGCGGGGUUCGCAUCAAUGUUCCCACCAGGAACGCUCAGUCUCUCCCAGGUGAAGAUGACACCAUCCCCAGCAAACAGAUGAAGAUCACUACUGCCAACAGUUUUCUACACACGCAGCCUGGUGCGUUUUCUGGCCCAAUCACGAAAGUGGUCCAGAAUGACAGCUACACCGCCCCCGCGCCUCUGCCGUCCCCCGUGGCCCCCAGGGCCAGCCCCAGCCCGGUGGCGCAGCGCUCCAGCCCGGCCGCCCUGCAGCCCGUGUGCCGGACCGUGGCGGGAAGCCAGGCGCCGCACGCGGGAGCCAGCGGGGAGCCGGGCGCACAGCUCACCGCUCCACAGCCCGUUUUCAGUCCACUGGAGGGGACCAAGAUGAUGGUGAACAACCUCCAUCCUCGCGUUAGUGAGGAAGACAUUGUGGAGCUGUUCUGUGUUUGCGGUGCCUUGAAGCGAGCGAGGCUCCUUAAGGUGGGCGUGGCCGAGGUGGUUUUUGUCAGGAAGGAAGAUGCUGUCACUGCUUACAGGAAGUACAACAACCGAUGCCUGGAUGGCCAGCCCAUGAAGUGCAAUCUUCACAUACAAGGGAAUGUCAUCACCUCAGACCAGCCAAUUCUACUGCGUCUCAGUGACACCCCAGGUGGUGGAGGUGGGGGGAGGAAAGAUGGCCUUCCCCCCUCCCUGUCCCGCCCCGGUGGCCGCCCCGCUUCCUCCCAGCCGACGCCAGAAGUGGACCCCCAGACCAUUCUGAAAGCACUGUUUAAAUCGUCCCCUCAGACCCCAUCCACCACCGACUCCCCCAGCUCACAGUCAACCGCUUUCCGCAUCAAGAUUUAACAGCACGCACAGACGCGUACAUCCAGCGUACACACAUGCGUACAUGUAAAUUACACAUGCACCCCUCCACAUAUGCAUGCACACGCACACACUUGCAUACAUCCAACACACACACACACUUGCAUAUAAGCUUACAUCAAAAGUACUCACUCACCCCUCCCCAUAUGCAUAUAGACACACUAACACCAUACGUCCAACAAGCGCAUAUACAUACGCAUGCACUCACAUACACAUAGAAAUGCACACUUACACAUGCAUAUAUUCAAUGUGACAAUGGGCACACAUACAAAGUACAUCAAACAAGCACACACUUAUGUCCAUUAAAUACACACUCACACAAAUGUACAUCUACAUACAAAAUUAUACACAGGUGAUCUGAGUUUCAGAUUAAUGUAUAAUGCGCACACUCAAAAUGUAUCACAGCAUUCCAUAAUCAAAUGUAACACAAUAUGCAACCAUAAUACUGAUGUCCCCAUAACCACCCAGCUUACACACACACACGCACACAGUUCAAACACAACUCUAAUACUGAUGUCCCCAUUACAACACAGCUUACACACACAAACACACCUAUUCACACACACUACAGACACAACCCUAAAACUGAUGUACUCAUAACAACAUGGCUUACACACACACACACACACACACACACACACACACACACACACACACACACACAUUGUACAAAUGGCCAUUUCACCACGUGUACAUAGGUUAACUGGAACUGUUCUGAGCUACAAAUACAUACAGUGAGGCUGAAAACUGUACGACGCCACACAGACACCACAACGUGAGUUCAACCCGAAUCGGCACAAGGCUGAGGUAUUCAUCAGAUACACUUUUCAUUCAUCCACACCACACUAUUCAGUCUACAAGUGUUCCACACAUAAGAAUAGUACAGAGAAUGCUCCCUCGUGUUGAGUACUUCAACAGAAGUGUCAGUGUACGAGGUUGUUAGUCUUCGCUAUUGCAUUUAAAAAAAAUAAAUAAAUAAAUAAAAAAAACUUUAUAAUUGAUAAUGCAGUGGUGUCUCAGCCACCACAUCAUUGAAUUUUUCCUCUGCAUUAGUAACCUAGUUGGAAGUGUAAGCUCUCCAGUGCGCUGGUGCAGUCAAGACACAGACAGACAGACGUGUAAAAAUACUUUGCAUACUUGCAUACUGUAGAUGCGCAAAUGCAUGUCGAGUGUCUUAGAAAGGACCAAUCAAGGAAUCGCUCAUUUAAUGUCAAGAAUUUGUUUUUAAUAGACUCCAAAUGAUGUGCAUUACUUAUAUUGACAUUUUAGUUUGUGGCUAAGGAGUUUGUAUCACAUGAUUCAUUCAGCAUUAUGUUCAAAUUGUUCACAUUGAACCCUAUCUUUUUGUGAAUCAUGUGAUAUUUAUUUGAUGUGUUCCCAGUGACAGGUGACAUACAGCCCUGAUGAGUGUGUGCUGUACUGUGACUGUAAAGGGGCUUGGAACACACUGAUGUGUCAUUUUAUACCAGUCGUAAACAGCUCUGUUCCUGGAGAUCUAUCAUCCUUUUGGUUUUCACUCCAACCCUAGCAAAGCACUCCUCAUUCAACAGCUAGAGAUCUUAUUCAGCUGCUAAUUGGUUGAGUCAGGUGUAAUAAAUUAGGGUUGAAAUGAAAACCUACAGGAUAGUAGAUGUCCAGGAACAAAGUUGGUUAUCAGUGUUUUAUACAACAAGCUGAAAAAAGCAGUUUAGCAGAUCUAAGAGAAUCUGCUAUUUAUCUGUUAAUAUGGGUUCUCCCCCCCCCCACUGCAUUCUGGUUGUUCUGUAGUUAUUGUGGCUGUUGUUUACUUUGCAGUCUGUGAAGCAACAAACUGGAUGAUGCCUUGCUUGUUUUUUUUCUCCUUAUUUCUCCCAAGCAGUGUGUUAAAAGACUCUGUUGUUACAACAGUUUGUGUCUCACACCAACAGUGUGUUCAAAGCUCUGUACCUCUUCUCCAAUAAAUGUGUUGCUUUAUAAAA